AUGACGACGACGACGACGUGUGUUGUUCGGAAAGGAGAGAGAGCGAGAGACCUUGACUUUUUCGUCGGUGAAGAAGGUGGUCGUUCGAAAGAAGAGGAAGAAGAAGAAACGACGACGACGACGACGACUUCACCACCACAAACACAAACACAAACUCCGACUCCGCCGCUUUGUAAGUUUCGCGAGGCGGUCGUGAAAGUGCUCUCGACGAUAACCGCGGAACCGAGACCGUUGCGAUCGAAAUUCGGCACCACGGCGGUCUGUAUCAGUAAAGACUCGAAACGAAGGAAAGUCUUCAAAGCGGUGUUUUCGAGGACGUUCGAAUACCUGUUGUUUUCAAUCGUGUUCGCACACUUUGCGGUGCUGGCGGUGCUGUUGGCGAAGAACGACGGAGAGAACGACGAUGGCAACUACGCGAGCGGUGGAUUUCAAACGCUGAUUCGUAAACCGCUGUGGGCGGUUGAUUUCGCUAUUUUAAUUUUUUACACGUGCGAGAUGGCGUUGAAGAUGUACGCGUUGGGCGUUUUCGGGUCGAGGCACGCGUAUUUGACGUCGAACGCGUAUAACAGGUUGGAUUGUUUUAUCGUCACGGUUUCCUGGAUGUCUGUGAUGAGCGAGUGUUACGAUUUCACCCCGGAUGUGUUCCCUGCGUUGCCGCGGUUACGGUUGGGUCAUUUGCGCGUGUUUCGAGCGACAUUGGCGUUGCGUUCGUUUUCGUUCGCGUCUUCGGUGAUUGUCAUCAUGGAAGCGCUGUCGGCGUCGAUUCCUUUGCUGAGAGACGUCAUUGGAGUGUCGUGCGUUUGUUUUGUAUUUUACGCGCUGAUGGGCGUAUCCACGUUUGGUGGGAGCUUUCGGAGACGGUGUGUGAUCGCGGAUUCGAAGGAAGCGGCGAGGGUUGGAACGUAUAACGACACGACGCCGUUUUUCUGCGGGGACGUGGAGAAUACAAUCGAUGGGAAAGGAUUUGUUUGUCCCGGCGCGUAUUUUCUCGACACGACGUAUCGAGGUGAAUCUGUAGAGGACGCUCUGGCAUUUGAACAGUUAUACGCGAGUCCCGUAUUGAAUGAAACUUUGGUAUCGAACGCGCUGGGCUUGUCCUACUCGUCUACUUUUAUCGAACACGAGUUGACGUUCAAAAAUAUGUUCUGUUCUGACAAAGUAGGUAACCCACGUUUUGGCAAACAAUCGUUCGAUGACUUCUUUGCUGCGUUGACGUCCAUGUUCACGUGCAUAACUCUCGAGGAGUGGCCAGAAACCAUGUACGUGACGGUGAACAGUGAAUUCCGAGCGUCCGCGGCGUAUUACAUCACGCUUAUCAUCGUCGGUACCUACUUCAUCGUCUCCGUGUUUGUCGCCGCGGUGAGUGGUGUUUUUCUACGCUUAAGGCGCGAACACGUUGCAGUAUUGAAACACAGGAAUGCUCGAGAAAGAACUUCAUCAUCGACAAACGAAGAAGAGGAAGAGGAGUUUGUGAAAGGGUUCGCUCGGUUUACGCGUCUGAAAAACGCCUUACGCUUCUUCAAGCACCAUCACGAAGGAGGAGAGAAAAAAGAUACGUUCGUUGAUAUUGCCGCGAUUGCACUCGAACGUAACAAGUCAGAAAGAGGCCGGUUGAGCGCGUAUACCAACAGCGACGAUGAUGAUGAAUGCGCUUUAUCGUCGCCUAACGACAUCGAGGAAGGGAGGAAACUACCGAUGCGCAAGAUCAAAUCUGGAGUUGCGCGAAACAAACGCGACCGAGUGAAUGAGAUCGUUUCAAACCCAACGUUUGAUUUGGUCUCCCGCAUUUUAAUUGUUCUGAAUACAUGUUCGAUGUGCGCGUAUAAAAGCUAUCAACCCGACACGACGAAACGUUUUCUAGACGGUUUGGACUAUUAUUUCCUGGCGGUGUUUUAUUGCGAAUGCGGUUUGCGCUUGUUCGCGGCUAAGGGUAUUUUAGGACGGAUUUUUAGUUUGAAACAGUCUUUGAAGCCGGGUGAACUGAGUUUGAUUUGGGAUUUUUUAGUGCUUUCCGCGACGGCGGCGGGAGCAGAUCACAAAGGCCCGAAUCUAGUGGCCUUGCGCGUCGUGCGAUUAUUUGACCAUCCUUCCGCCGGCAUCGAAAAGAAUAGUGGGAAGAGCACAAAAGUUUCAUCGACGACGAAUGGAGAAGAACACAGCAGUACUACAACAAGAAGCAGUAGUGGUGGUGAGAACGAUACACUCGCUCGCGUCUUUAGAAGUUUUGGCACGAUGUUGAGUUUGCUCUGUUUCUACGGCGUCGUUCUUGCGGCGUACGCGUUAUUAGGUAUGCAGCUCUUCCCAAAAUACGCCACGGAUGCGUUGAAAAAACGCGACGACGACGCGAAUAUCGACAAUGUGACCGUCCCAUAUCCUCGCGAAAAUUUCGAAACCUAUCCAAACGCAUUAUUAGCGAUAUUUACAGUCUCCACUGGUGAAGGCUGGGUUGCAAUGUUGUAUCACUUCCGCCGCGUCACUUGGCUCGCGACGCCGUAUUUCGUCUCCUUUUUCGUUCUCGUCAAUUACGUCGUCUUGAAUCUCAUCAUCGCAGUGAUCCUCGAGAACUUGGAAUUGAGGGAUUUUGAAAAGAACAACAUGCAAAGACGCGAGAUCGUGAAGCGAGAGGUUGAAAGACGCAUGCGUUCGGGCGCGUUUGUCGACCGAUUAGAGAAAAUUAGGGUAUGGUUUGUCUUGAAGAAACGCGUGCGGUUCUGGAAUAUUGACGAGGAACAUGAAAUCUCGCCGUGGUUAGCGAGUCGAGCGCGAAGAGCUCUACGCAUAUCGGUCGCGAUAGAAAGUGUGAUAUCUGAGCGUAACUCGAAAAAAAUAUUCGCAGGUAAGAGAUCGCGUGCACAGAAACUGACCACCGGAUCCGCUACUUUGCUGCGACAACAACAACAACACGAGCGUUUCAAACAAAUUCAGCCGAUCAAGAGGAUGAACGCAAUAAGACGACGUUCUGUUUUCGAUACUCGCGUGAAUACACCAAACGAAGAACCAAAAGACACUGAGAGAUUAAGAUUGCAGAGCUCAUCGUUUUCGCUUUUAGAACAGGGAAAGAAGGCAGCGAUGAAAGAGAAUAUGAACACCUACUUGUACGAGGAAGAUGAAGAGUACUUUGAUAUUUUCCACGAAGAAGAACAUUUUCACGCGUUGCCAGCGUAUUUUACGAAUAAAUCUCUUGGUGCAAUCCCCCUAGAGAAUAAACUUCGACAGAUGUUACAGCGAUGGUUGUCGAAAAAAUGGUACGAGAGAAUCUCAUAUUUAUUCGUGGUCGUAUCAAUAGCCGCCGUUCUCGGCGCCGACCCGGUGACGGAGGUAAAUCCACACCAGUUUUUUUUGGACGCGGCCAACGCUCUGGUUGCUGGGUACUUCUUGCUCGAUUUCUUGAUUAAGAUUGUUUCCGAUGGAUUGAUUUUUACACCAACCGCGUAUUUCUCGUCCAUGUGGAAUAUUCUCGAUACUUUGGUCUUGUGCGUGGACGUCGUCAUCGUCGCUGGGCCAAUCGUGUUUUCAUCCAUAUGGAACUGGUAUUUUCAGAGAGCUAUUAACGUGUUGGUCUCGUUGCGCAUGUUUCGCGUACUAUCGCGCAACACAAAAAUGCAACGACUCGUAGUAUCGGUGACACAGACGUUACCUUCGAUUGGGUCCGUCAUCAAACUCACGUUUGCCAUUUUCCUGGCAUUCGCCAUCGUCGGCGUGCGCAUAUUUGGGGGUAAGUUUGGCUUCUGCGAACAAAUACUCGGCGUGACGCAGAGUGUGUCGUCCUCUACAUACGUAACAAAAAGACUCGAUAUCGACCAGUACUCGUGCGAUUUACGCGAGGAUACGUACUGGAAUUCUCCGAAAUAUGACUUUGAUUGGAUCGGUUCUGCGUUAUUGACGUUGUUUGAAACCGCCUCGCUGGACGGAUGGAUCGAUAUUAUGCAUCACGCGAUGGAUAUCGGCGGUAAUAAAAAUGCAAACUGGCCGGCGUGUUUAUUCUUCAUCACGUUUAUCUUAUGUGGCUCGUUCAUGAUGAUUCGUACGAUCAUCGGUGUUUUCAUCGACAGGUUUGGUAUUUCCAGCGGUUUGAAGUUACUCACAGAACGGCAAAAGUUAUGGAGAGAUAUGCAUGGCGUCGCCAUGUCUAUAAAGCCUAUGCGAGUAGAAAUGAAGCCAGUCGUAGGAUCUGUGCGAAGGAAGUGUUACGACGCUAUACACUCCAAGAUGUUUAAAAAAGUCAUCUUGUUCUUGCUAUCGCUCAACAUCGUACUGUUAGCCACGGUCCACUUCGACGCCGACGCCUCGUGGGAGUACGCAUGGAACAUCGGCGACGUUGCUUUUGUGUCCAUCUACCUUCUCGAAUCCCUCGUGCGUCUAUUCGUUGCUCUUCCGCAUCCACUUUACUUCUUCAAAGAUCCUUGGAACUGCUUCGAACUCUUCCUCUCCUGCGGAUCUGCGGCCACGCUCUUCCCCACCAACCCUUCCGGCGUCCGCGCGCAAAUAGGACGACCGUUUCGGUUCCUCCGAACGUUUCGAAUCCUGCGCCACGCGACAGACUUACGCCGCGUAUCGCGAACGAUGAUUCUCGCUGUUCCAUCCAUCCUCUCCGUUAUUGGCGUCAUGCUCAUCUGGAUGUUCCUCUACGCCGCCGUCGGCACGCAAGUCUUUUUCAACGUCAAAUACGGCGAAAGCUUGAACAAAGACGCCAAUUUCUCGAGUUUCGUCAACUCUUUCCUCCUUCUCUUCCAAGUUCUAACUGGUGAGGGUUGGCGCCAAUUCAUGUACGACUUACAAAUUGACGAGCCGCAUUGCUCAAAAAAUCACGCCGGCGAUAACAUCGACAACUGCGGGUUUGGUAACGGCGCCACCUUCUAUUUCGUCACCUACGUCGUCGCCAUGGGCUACAUCUUCACCAACCUCUUCGUCGCCACUAUCCUCGAUCACGUCACGUUUGGCGUUCUCCGAGAAUCCUCUCUCGUCUCCACCAAAAAUCUCGAAGACUUCCAAACCAUUUGGUCCACCUUUGACCCGAACGCCACCGGAUUCAUCGGUCUCCACCAAAUCUGGCCUUUCCUCAAACGCCUCCCGGAACCGCUCUCGAAAAUAACCGCCGAAGGCGAAGGUAACGACUUAGAAAAGGAGAAAGAAAAGAAAUUCAAAACCGACGCCUUGCGCCUUCGAUACCUCUCCACCAUCUCCAAAUGGCGCCGCCGAAUCUUCGCCGAACUCCAUUACGUCCGCCACCCGAACAAAGGCGUCCCUUUCAGCGAGUGUCUCGACGCGCUCCUCCACGCCAAGCUCGGCAACUCGGCGCUCACUUUGGACACUCGAUUACGACGAGAGAAGGAGUUGGAACACAUAGACAAACUCGGGGCGUGCGUGUAUAUUCAGAGAGUGUUCAGAGGGCAUCGGGUAAGGCGAAAGAAAGAAAGGAGCUAA